AUGGCCGUUGCAGUGAUUGCAUUUGUAGCACAGAUGGUCUCCUACACUGGCCGGGAGUGGGCCAUCCACAAACAGGCCGGCCGGCCGGUUCGAAGGGUUCCGUCCUUCUGGAAUAACAUUUUCAACGUUGCUAUGCUUUGCAUGUACGUGGCAGUGGUAGUUAUCAUCAUCGGCCUCAUCCAGAUGCAACAACCUUCGGAGCUGAAGGACAUGUACGGUCCCCUACCGCUUUCGUCCGGCAUCUUCUGCUCCAACUCGCUGAUUGUUUUGUACUUCGCGGUGUACGCUGGCCUUCAGAUUGCCAAAACGAUGGAUGUGGACUUUCGAGAAAGAGGGACGUACCCAGAGUCCCUGUCGGAUCCCUCAAGGUACAUCAUCGAGGUGCUGAAGAUGACCGCCUCCAGCGUGCAAGUCGCACCCAUGCCCGUGCCUGAUAUAAUACCCACUCUGAGCCAAGCGCCAAUGGAGCAGCGGGAAUCGGAUUUGGCGGUCGUCUGCCGCCUUGCGCAUGAGCACCUGACAGACGGCCCGGCAGGGCGCAACGACGUGCUCAGGCGGCUGCCACGAGAUUUCCGCAGCGGUGCCAAUGAGAUUGUCAAGGAGGACAUUCACACCAGCAUCGAGGUGCCGCCACUGCUUUCCACGAGUGGUGCCACCCUGUCCAUCAUCUUUCGUAAGCUGAUCACAUACCAGACGCAGCAAAACCACCACCAGCCUCCCGGUCGCCUACAGCGGCUGACCAGCUUCAGCACCGGGGAGGCCAACAACUGUGACAACUUCCACGCGAAAAGAGUAGUCUGCGAAGUCUUGAAAGCCUGGGCUUGCUGCAGCCAGGGUGCUGUCAGCGAUGACAGCAUGGAUGCCCAGGAGGUGGAUCCGUACUUAAACUAUCUGCGCCACGUGAUGUACUACCAUGACCGAUGGUCCUCCAAACUCUGGGGCUCGGAUGCGUUCCUGGAAACCAUGGUUCAAAUCAUCCGCAAGCUGGAAGCGUUGAAGCGUGACACAUCGGACACCAGACAGAAGUAUCUGAAAGUGCUGGAGCAGAUACAUGACCAUGCCAGUGAGCUCGUGGAGCACGCCCUGCGAGUAACACUUCUCGCCAACACCGAGCACCACCCCGAAUUUGAGGCACUGGUCGCCAAGGAGGGUGCGCUGACACUGAAGCUGCUGAGCCAAACGUCCAUUCGACACAGCACGGGCUUUUGGUGCACGGACUUUGGCCAGGUGCUGUACUCUGCGCUCGUAAGGGCCGACCCACAGCGUUUCAAGCCGAUUGGCGCCGGAGCCGAGAUCGCGGCGCGCACCUGGAGUCUCUGGACGGAUGAGCUGGGUACCAUCAAGACAUACGAAUACACCUCUCCUGAUGAGGCCCGGCUGGUGCUGGAGCAAUGCCGUUGCUGCACUAUCCUGGUGGGCCCGGAGGGCAAGAUCCAGGAGAAAAGCUUCGCAUCCAGCACCAGCCAAGUGCUCUCCAAGGUCCUGCAGGAGGGAAGCACGCUCCGUGAACUUAACCGAAGGGUGGACCAGAACAUCGGCUUGCAACAAGCGGCCGUGGGAAUGCCACCUCCCACGCAGGUGACAGCCAUAGAGGACUUUUUGGGUGAUGGCAGCCAACCUGCCCCCAAUCCGGAGGCAGAAAAACCCGACUUCUGGUAUGCUGCAGUGGACAAGGUCCGAGAUGCCUGGAUGCAGGGAAUUGCAGAUCAAGCAGGCAUUGCUGAGCCAUUCCGCGGCUGCAAGAAGGUGAAGUGGAUCGAGGGUGUGUUCGAGAAGGAGUCCAGGUCCUCGAACUUCCCAACGAUCAUUCUUGAUCUCCCCAAGACGCUGUCAGACCUCCUGUGCUGCUUCCGGGAGGUGAUGACCGCCGUACGCGCCAUGAUCAGCGAAGGUGGCAGCAAGGAGGCCUUAGCGGCAAUCUAUGCACUGCGGCAGCGAGGCACCAUUACUGGCCAGUUGGACGCCUGCAUGCAGAAGUUUCUGACAAGUGCCAACCUUAUGCACGGUUUCUUUGAGCACCUCUUCUUCGAAAGCUUGGAGAGCAACAAGAAGAUCAAAGGCCAGAGCGCCGCCAUGCAGCGACUGUACUUCGAAAGCCAUCGCGCGUGCAACAAGCUGCGGGAUGACAUACUGACCAAGUGGCACAAGCUCGGACUCGAGGUCUCGGAUGACAACCUUGCCGAUGAAGCAAAGCGCAUCGACAUGACAGAGAAGGCGGCCUUCUGCCAGCUCAUGGGAAUGCCUGCGCCUACAUUGGCGUUGACCGCAGGUUCUGGGCAGCUUCUUCAGCUUCCGGAUUCGCCCAAGAGCAAGGAGGACGUAUCGCCAAGAAGUGAUGCGGGCACGCCUACCGCGCAGCCUGUGGCUUUUGCGCCAUCUGCGCGUGUUGAGGAGGCAGCCAGCAUUGCCAAGAUCGAGGAAGCGAGUGAAUCGGGAGACGACUUGUCAAGUGUCUUUCGGUGA